AUGAAUCAUGAUCUGAUCAGUGGUGCUCGUUUUUCGAAUUGUGGAAAAUAUGUGUUCGGUGGUCAUCAUCUCUUCAGCAAAAGUCAUUGUAGACAACUUCAUCAUUACGAUGGUAAUAAGGUCGGUUCUUCCCCAUCACUAUCAUUACUUAAUUUAUGUUUAAUGAAACUUAAACAUCGGAAUGAAGCAUCUGGCCCGCUUAAUAAGCUAUUUUUCCAGGAUAAACCCAUAUCUAAAACUUUGUCAUUUGAUUUACCAAACGAACCUACUGAGUUUACAAAUGUAUGCAUUGAACAAGCGCUUCGGGAUAAAUGUUCACAUGUAGCUAUCGAUAUAAAUCAACAGAAACUGAUUGGUGUUUCAAUAAAUGUAAUUGAAAAUGUGAAUGAGCAAAAAAAUGUAUUUGAUGGCCCACAAUUUAAGUCAGGAAAAUUACGUUAUGUUAUGAAAGUAUUCGCAGAUGCACAUGACCAAGUCGAUCUAUUUAAAACAUUUCAUACAGAUUGUCUCUUACAUUUAUUGAUAGUAGUAGUAGAUGAAAAUUAUCGUGGUUUAAACUUAACAGGCUGA